AUGUGGUUACUCGUAGAAACACAACAAUUCGUCAUCAAUAAUAGUGAAGACAUAUCGGAACCAACACCAUCCGAUUCUUCUUCUAUUGCAAUAAUUCCAUCAGCAACAUCAUCCAAUAUUACUAACACUAGUGGUGAUGAUAAUAAUCAGCAACAACAUCAAGAAUCAAUUACAUCCUCCUCUUCAUCCUCUUCAUCAUCAACAAUAAUUUUGAAUAAUUCAUUUCUUCAUGAAGCACCUUUGAAUGUAAAUUUAACUGAAUUAAAUUCAGCACUUUCAAGAAUUGUUAAAGGAAGACAUGUUUUAUUUUCAUGUUUUGAAUAUUUACUUUCUAAUCAAUUAAUUAAAAAGGCUAAAGAUGAACAAGAAUUAAAAGAAAAAGAAUCAAUUUUAUAUAAUGAAUUAUUUCCAAUAUUUCAAAAUUGUUGUGACAAAUCAUUUAUAAUAAGUCAUAAAAUUCCAAUUACACCUCAAAUAAUUCAUGAAGAAAAGACAAAUUUAAAAAAGAUUUGUGAAAAACAUUUAAAUUCAAAUAAUUUUAUAACUUUAUGUAAACUUAUUGAUGCAAUUGAAAAGAAUACAGAUUAUAUUCACUCAAUAACAUGUUUUAAUGGUAAAAAGAGUCUUUCACAUUCAGAUUAUAAAAAGUAUGAUGAUUUGAGACGAGUAUUUGCAACAGAUAAUGAAAAAACAAAAAUUAACAUCAAGAUUGAAAUUAAAUUGAAUACACCAGUUCAUAUUCAUUUAACUAAAUGUGAAUUUGCACCUCCCCUAAUAGAAAACAAGAAGAGAAAGGCAAGACAAUUAACAAAUCUUGAAGAAGAAAUGCUUUCCAAUAAUGAUGAAAAUGGAUCUUUCUUUCAUAUUAAAAAGAAGAAGGUUGAAAAGUAUGGUCCAAGAAGAUUGAAAAUUCCAGAUGAUCUCGCAAUUAAAAAGGAACAAUUGGAAUAUAUUGGAGAAUCAAGCAUGUUAAAAAAUAGAUUAAAGAAUGAAAGAUUACAGAAAAUGCUUUUAGAAGUUGAUGCUAAUUAUGAUAGAGAACAAGUUUUGGAUUUCUUUUUGGAAACUGAACCUGAAUUUUUAAUAUUCUGUGAAGAGUUACUUUACAUUAUGGGAAGAAGAGAUGAUAAUGAUUUGAAACAAAUUCAUGAAGUUAAUGCUAAAUAUGAACAAAUGAAACAGAAUAAACAAUAA